AUGAUCUCUGAUUCUGAUCUGGGCCUGACUGAACACACUGACGCGAUCUACAAACACUAUGAACAACUAAAUCAAAUGUCUUAUGGGACCUUUGAUCCCUCCCCUGAAGAUACUUGGGACCAAGUUCAAGAACUGCCUCGGAUUGACAAACCAACGAGCCAAGCCUGGAUCGAUGUUGUUUUGGCUGCUAAGCCUGUGUUGUUUGAUACUCGCAAGGAGAUUGGAGAGUGUGUCAAAAGUUGGACACCUGACUAUCUCAAGCUGAAGUGUGGAAAGAAAAAAUGCUCGGUUCAUCUCUCCAAUCCUCUCUCUUCCACCACUUUAAGAUGGCACAAUAAGAACUUCAAAUACAAGACAAUGAGCUUUAUGGAGCUGAUCGAUCGAACAACCGGCGCCGCAACUUUUGGCGGCGAGAACAAGGAUCACCGGAUUGUUUACCUUCGCUCAUUAUCUAACUCCCCCAAACAUCCCUCUAAUUUUCAUACCUACUUCCCCAAAAUCUUUCUUGAUUUUAAGAUCCCUCAAGCCGUGAAUGAUUAUAUUAUUGAUUGUGACGCCUUCUUUUUGAGUGUUCUCCGGAUUUCUGGGGCUGAUAUGGGUCUCUGGGCUCACUACAAUACAUACGACAAUAUCCUUGUGCAAGUUCAAGGGAAAAAACUGGUCAGGCUCUGGCACCCAAGGGAGAUUACCAAUCUGUAUAUCGAAGGUAGUUCAUCACGUAUUCCUAGCUUUGACCCGCCUGAUUUGAAUCGGUUCCCACUCUAUUGCACGUUGCAUCCACUGCUUUGUGUCUUAAACUCAGGAGAUAGCUUAUUUACACCCGCAAACUGGAUACACGCCGUCCAGACGCUAGAGCCGAGCAUCUCAGUCAACACGUUUUUCAAACCCAAUCGCCUCUCAGACUUUUACGAGUCUAAGAAGAAGGACAUAUGGGGCAAUGUCGAUCUGGCACCUUACAACAAGCUCCACGAGCGACUGUUCCAGGAUAUCUUGGCUGCAGCUCCUCAUCAACGCUUAGCAGACCCACCUCGCGAUCAGAACGACUCACUCGGCUCGCGCUUUAACUGCUUACCCAUUGAUCAGCGGCAAUUUUAUUUCAAAAAAAUUGCCAUCGACUUGAUUAGACAUGCUGAUCAAUUGUCCCAAUCCUUGUAA